GAUCAAAACCCUCAACUUGUCCUCAAGUUGGUGUAUCCCGAACAUCCCCCGAAAAUCUCCGAGUCUCAGGCUGGGUUGGCCAUUAAUUUCCACAUGUUUGACGAAGAUACAGAACGAGUAGAGCACAAAAAGCCCAGAUUACCAAAUGCGUGCAAAAAUUGUCGAUUGAAAAAGGUCAAAUGCGAUAGCGCAAUCAGGCCGGAUAACAUUUGCUCUAACUGCAUUGCAUCUAAAACGGAAUGCACUCGUGAGCCUGUGAAGAAGAAGCGCGGUCCGCGUAUGGGAAAUCCUCAGCGGUCGAUUCAAGCCACUGUGGACGCGAUUUUGUCCACCAGGAAACCAUUCGAGGUACCAAAAGAUCCGGCAAUAGUGAAAGGGAUUUUCGUUGACCUAGCAAAUUGUAUCAAAGACCUUGAAGAAGACAUAGCGGGACUCCGACAAACUUUAUCGACGCCUCUGUCUCAUGAAAACCCUCUAUCUCAAACUUCACUGCAGCCCAAUCGAGAAAAACGAAUUGCGGUUGUUUCUCAGUAUCCAGACCACCCAUCUCCACCUCCUGUUGAGGGUUAUUCUGUCAACGAUCUGACUCAAGAUUUGAAAACGUUCGGAUAUUAUGAGGACCGUGCACGACAUUUUGGUAGUUCCAGCAGCAGGAAACUUGUCAAAGAUGCUUUAGACGUCAAGAAGGAGUAUACUGGUGGCGCAGAUUUCGUCAAUGUGAAACCCUCCUUCAAACGACUAGAAUUUUGGAGCGUACAGCCGUGGCAGAAAACCAAAUCUGAAAACCCAUCUCCCUUCGAAUUUCCGCCAGUCGACUUGAUGACAGAUCUGAUCCAAUUGUAUUUCACUCAUUUCAAUCCUCUUCUGCCUCUUCUACACCGUCCCUCCUUCCUUGAAAACGUAGCGGAGGGCUUAUACUAUAAGGACCGGCACUUCGGGGGCCUCGUUCUUGCUGUAUGUGCCCUUGGUGCACGCUUUUCGAAUGAUCCUCGCGUCGUCGAAGAUUACACUACUUCCGAGCAAUCAAUCGGCUGGAAGUGGAUACGUCAAAUUCAGCCCAUAAGGCACUCUUUUACCGAACCUCCUUCGAUAUAUGAGAUUCAACUCUAUACGGUGUACACCAUCUUCAUGGGUGCAACCACGACCCCGGAGGUUUGCUGGAUCCUCAUUAGCACCGGAAUUCGCUUACUUCAGGACGUUGGUGCACAUCGAAGACGACCUAGUAAUUCCAAACCAUCAUGGGAGACCGAGUCUUGGAAACGGGCUUUUUGGUUCAUGUACUCAAUAGAUAUUCUCGCAAGUACUUUGCUGGGUCGUCCUCGGUCUAUGUCUCAGAAUGAUUGUGACGCCGAUCUACCAAUAGAAUGUGACGAUGAAUACUGGGAACAUCCGGACCCGAAGUUGGCAUUUCAACAGCCUCUUGGAAAUCCCUCAAUAAUGUCCUACUGGAUACAUUUUUUGAAGCUGAUGAACAUAGCGGACUUAACGUUACACACAAUCCUUGCUGUCAAGCAAUCUGAUAUGUGGUCCGCAGCUUUUGGGCUGUCAAAACGGGAGUGGAACGAGAAGACGGUUUCUGAAUUAGAUUCUCUACUCAAUAAAUGGGCCGAUGAGAUUCCUGACCAUUUGAAAUGGGACCCUAGUCGAGAAAAUAUCCAGCACUUCAACGAAUCCGUGGUGCUUUACACCACCUAUUAUGGGAUACAGAUAUUAAUCCAUAGAUCGUUUAUACCUCGCCCAGGAGAAGACUCCCAUUCUACCAUUCCGUCAUUGGCGAUCUGUGCUAAUGCCGCCCGUUCUUGCCUCCAUGUUUUGGAGGUAGAACAGCAGCGUAAGACAAAUGCUUUUGUCAUACCAAGCGUAAUGAUAGCCCUGUUCAACUCUGCUAUCGUUAUGUUGGUGAACAUGUGGAUAGGAAAGCACUUCGUUGGUUCUUCGCCUUCGGGUCUCAGUAAAGAUCUUGCCGCUGUUUAUCGGGCGAUAAACACACUUCAUCGUCAUGAACUUCGGUGGGAACAAGCUGGGAGAUUAGCAGAUAUCUUGACGGAGGUGAUAUCUGUCAGUCACUUCCAUAAGUCAAGCCAGCCCAUGUUAUCAAUGAAACGACCCAGAGAAGACGAUAGAAACAUGAAUACAUAUCCUUCUACUGAUCCCGACUUCGUUGACAACGGACAGCGACAUAACGAUAUGAUUGCAGGUAAUGACAUGGGCACGCCUUACCUUCCCACUAUAGAAGAGCAUCCCAGAAAUUUCGAGCUACCUUUAAACAGCGGGGAACUUGGAAGUCUCCCCGUUCAUGAACCUUUCUUGGACUGGUCGGUGUCUUCAAAUCAAUGGGUAUCGAUUUCUGAAAAUGAAAAUGCUCUUGAUUCUUGGGCGGCAACGGUACCGAAUGACACAAACCAGUUUGGGUUCUAUAACUAUUCAACGUCAUCAGAGUCAAUCACGAACUUUCCAUCCACAGGAUCUGGCGAAGAGCCGUUGAAUAACAGCGUGUCAAAUGAUCUUGACGACUGGACUUCAUAUAUAGCAGCCAUCGAUGAAAUACUACAGGCCGCGAACCCUCGAGUAGUUCCCUGAUUACCUUUAAGAAUUCUGUUUGAAGGUCAGGAAGAAGCGUUCAUCAUCCCUCAACACUGCUUCAAUAAUAGUCUGAAAUUGAGGAAGGAAAUAAAAUGUACAUGUACAGUAGCACUAUAUAUACCAUAUGUACAUGUCACAACAACGAACAGUCAGCAUGUGAAAGAAAAUGUGGUAGAAAUCCUCUGUACAUAAAUGGUGUAGUUCUAAGUAAGCUAAGUGGGAGAGGGGGAGUAUGAGGUAGGUAGCCAUCCG